GAAGCAGAACUCAUCUCCAAUCCUGGAAAUCAAGCUCCAUGGACCGCUCAUGAAAUCGAAUUCAAAGCAUGUAUGGGUGCCCGGGCCAAUAAUCGUAGGAGCCGGACCUUCGGGCCUGGCUACUUCAGCAUGCCUCAAAAAGCAAGGUGUCCCUUCCUUGAUACUAGAGAAAGAAAAUUGCAUAGCCUCAUCAUGGAAGCUCAGGACUUAUGAGCGCCUAAAGCUUCAUCUCCCCAAGCAGUUCUGUGAACUUCCUCUCAUGACUUUCCCACCGGAUUUCCCGACAUACCCAACAAAACGGCAGUUCAUAAGCUACUUAGAAGCCUAUGCUGAGCACUUCUCAAUAAAGCCUUUGUUUGGAGUGAGGGUGCAGUGUGCUGAGUAUGAUCCAAGCAUUGGGCUUUGGCGGGUUCAGGGCAAUGACUUAGAAUUCAUAUGUCGAUGGCUUAUAGUUGCGACGGGGGAGAAUGCAGAGGCGAUAUUGCCAGAUAUCGGUGGGAUGUCGGAGUUUCAGGGGCAAGUCCUGCACACAAGUUUCUACAAGAAUGGAGAUGAUUUUAGAGGGGAGAAGGUUCUGGUGGUGGGUUGUGGGAAUUCAGGCAUGGAAGUUUGCUUGGACCUGUGUAGCAGUGAAGUUCAAGUCUCUAUGGUUGUUAGAGAUAAGUUGCACAUCUUGCCAAGGGAAAUACUAGGGAUUUCAACCUUUGGGCUCUCAAUGUGGCUGCUCAAAUGGUUGCCAAUGAAAUUGGUUGAUGCAUUCCUUCUCUUAUGCUCAUGGCUGAUACUUGGGGAUACAGAGAAAUAUGGCCUCGCUCGACCCAAGAUAGGGCCCCUGAAACUAAAGAACACCACCGGGAAGACCCCGGUUCUUGAUGUUGGCACUCUUUCAAGAAUCAAAAGUGGCCAAAUUAAGGUGGUCCCUGGUAUAAAGCGCUUUACAAAUAAAGGCGUGGAAUUUGCGGAUGGCAGACAGGAGGAUUACGAUACAAUCAUCCUAGCAACUGGCUAUAGAAGCAAUGUGCCUUCAUGGCUCAAGGAGGAGGAGUUCUUUGAUAAAAAAGAUGGUUUUCCGAGGAAUCCAUUUCCUAACAGUUGGAGAGGGAAGAACGGGCUCUAUGCGACGGGGUUCACCAGGAGAGGAUUGUUGGGAUCUUCCAUGGAUGCUCACAGGAUAGCAGAGGACAUUGCCUGCCAAUGGAAGUCCAAGACCAAGCAUCCGCCUUUAGAGAUGUAGACAGCAGAAAAUGACUGAAGCUUUUAACUUCCGUCUCUCAUGCAGAAAUUAGAAAAGUCUAUUGUAUCCUAUAUAUGGUUCUUACCUUCCUGUCUUUUUGAUGAU